GAUGCAUAAUGUCAAGCUGCGUUCGAUAUCGCCAAGGAAGGAUCAUUGUCUGUCUCUGCAGAAUUCACAUGAUUGUUCACUUCAUAUCACGAUGUUUCGCGACAGCUGCACGUCUCCCGAGCACAUCGUUUUCUUCGUUUUUAUUUGCCUGCGCAUCUGCGCAUUGCGUAACGACGGCUUGCGAAUCAGCACAUGUACUUCCAGCUCCGUCCUCCAUCGGUCAACUCCUCACCAUGAACUCCUCGCAAGAAUACCUCGGCGACAUCAGCAGCAAUGCGUUCCUACCCGCUCGGCCUCAACCGUUCGUGUAUCAUGAUCCUUCGCAUGUUGCAAAGUUUUCUCUGCCUCGCCCCGGCCUACCUGCUCGGGCUCAAUAUGUGGGGUCUUGAUCCCAAAAUCUCGCUCCCACCGUUCGGAAAUACCGCAGUGGGGCUAUGGAUGAUUUUGUGUAUUUGGUUUUCCCAACAUGAUGAGCUGCUUGUUCUGGUAUACAUAUAAUGCCGGAUCGGAGGGGGCGAUCCUCGUGUUUCCGAUCCUUGCGCUGGACAUCGCUCUGUUCUUUGUGCCGCUAGUUGGACUGUCUAUGCUCGGGAAUAGGGAAUGGUUGGGGCAGAGUUGCACAGGAUAUGCGGCAUGGACGGUGGAGGGGCAUAAUGAUACACUGAGCCCUCAGUGGCGGCCGAGAGACCCACCGCAGUGGAUUGAUCUUAUGGGUAGCGCGUAUAGGACGAAGCCGUUGACGGG